GGAGGGAGAGAAUGGGUUCAUCGGGAAGUUGGUACUCACUGGUAUUGUCAAUCCUCCUUGUUUCAAUUCAGGGAAAUGUAUUGGCGAAUGGCUCUCAGAACAAGUUUUAUCCCCAUGCUCCGCCCAUGAAAACAAUUCAGAACGAAUAUGGAGACCAAAUUGAUUGUGUCGACUUCUACAGCCAACCUGCUUUCGCCCAUCCACUCCUCAGGAGCCAUAAAUUUCAGAUGAAACCAAGUUUCUUGCCAAAGGAUUUGCUGAAGGAUGCGCCGUCGGACACGAACCUAACCGCGAUGCCCAAGCUAUCGCUAGGUGUAAACGGGACGUGCCCUGAAGGAACGGUUCCCAUUUUGAGAGGCCCGCAGGAUCCGAAUAUCGUAACCAAAUCGCAUCGGAGCCUUCCAAGCCUGCAGUAUUCUACGGCGGGCCACGAGUACGCAGUUGUGUCAAUGUCUGGGAGCAAGUAUCAUGGAAGCUCUGCUUUGUUGAACCUCUGGAACCCACUGGUGGAUGCGAAUGAAGUAGGAUUCAGCCUGGGACAAUUGUGGGCCGUCAGUGACAUUAAUGGCGCUAUCAACACCGUUGAAGCCGGUUGGCAUGUCUUUCCAAAAUUUUAUUCAGGUGACACCCGAACAAGGCUUUUCAUAUAUUGGACCAGUGAUGGCUACAAAAAAACUGGAUGCUACAACCUGAAGUGCCCGGGUUUUGUUCAAGUGAGUACAAAGCUGGCGCCCGGCGCUGUGCUUCCUGCCUCCACGUACAAGGGAAGCCAGCUUUACUUGAAUUUUUUUGUCUACAGGGAUCCGAAGACGGCGCAUUGGUGGCUGCGCGUCGCCGACGAGUGGAUUGGAUACUGGCCCAGGACAAUUUUCACGACUCUUGCUUCUGGGGCGACAAGAUUGGAGUGGGGAGGAGAGAUCAUCAACGGAGGAACCACAGUUCACACUACCACCGAUAUGGGCAGCGGUCAUUUUCCUAGUGAGGGCCUCGACGGAGUCUCUGCCUCAUUCAAUAACCUCCAGUACGUCGAUCAGAACUAUAAGGUGAUGAAACCAACCAGCGUUUCUCCAAUUGUUCCGAGACCAAAGUGCUACGACCUCAAACUUUUUGGAGACGUCGGAGGCAACAGAGGAUACACCUUCUUCUUUGGAGGCCCCGGCAGAAACGCCAACUGCCGUUAGCCACCGCCGGUCAUGCACCCUAUAUGCAUGAAUAAUACUAAUGA